UAUGGUCGGUACCAAAUGGUCGCGAGAUAGGUCGAUAUACGCAUCUUGACAGUACUAACGAGGAAAUGGUAAGAGCGGGAAGGAUACUGACUUAUUGAUCGGCAGUGGCUGGACCGUCCGUCAAUCAGAAGGACCUUCUCAAACAGGGACUACAGUAGAGGGCGUGCUUUACCCACACUCUCAUUACGACCUAUGUGUGAUGUUCCUCACGAGUCUAACCAAUAGUCACUCAUUUGCUAGCAACUUAUCCGCAAAGCGUCUUACAGACCCGAAGUUUCAAAAUGUAGAACGUGUGAAUGAUCCGAAGUUUUUAUUGAUGUAUCUUUCAAAGCGAUGUAUAAUUAGGAAGACUUUCCCAGGAGUGUGUCCAACACCCCUCGGAGAGAGUGAUACUCUACCGUAAGUAAACACUGAAAAUCACAGCUGAUGCUCAACGUUGUAUACCGCGCUGUUAAGGGAUUCUGGAGAAGUGGGAAGGAGUUUUCUACUUGUUUCAUCAAGAUGAAUCGGGAUUUAAGGAUUAACGCUGAUUCUACAUAAUGGCUAUGGCUAAUGUGAGCCACAAGUUCCCGUUCUGGAGCAACGAUACCCUGGCAAGUCAGUGGCAAGAGGAAAAUAGUUUUUACGAUGUGAUAACCAGUUUCAGGGAGAGUCUUUUUACGGUGCACAAUACGACAACUAUAAUCCUUUUAACCUUCUACGUGCCUGUAUUCCUAGUGUCCCUUGUGGGUAAUAUUCUGGUGCUGCUUGUGAUUGCUCCAAAUCGACAACUGCAAAGUGUCACCAACAACUUCCUCCUCAACCUUGCGAUAGCGGACUUAUUAGUUACAAUCGUGUGUAUACCGAUGACAGCAGCGCAGAGGAUUUACCAGCUGUGGAUUUAUGGUGAUGUUCUCUGCAAGUGUGUCCAGUAUUUACAGGGUAUCGCCGUCUCGGCCAGUACGUUCACCAUCACGGCUAUGAGCCUCGACAGAUGUCUUGCCAUCCGCCACCCAGUCGCCAUCAGAAGACUGAGGACAACCACCUUCGUCCGCAUCCUCAUCUUCUGUGUGUGGACGUUUUCCUUGCUCAUCAUGGUGCCUCUUCCAAUCAUCAGACGGACUGUGACAGAAGAGAUCCUUCCUGGACAGUCCCUUAUAUUCUGCAUUGAGGAGUGGCCUUCAUUUGCUCACAGGCGAACGUACGACAUCGCCAUACUUCUUAUCGUGUACAUCAUUCCUGGGAUCAUCAUAUCAACGUGUUAUAUUCUCAUGGGCAAAAGGUUAUGGGUGCCAGACAAGGAAUUAAACCGAGAUUUGUACCGUUAUCCUAUACAACGAGAACCUAUAUGCCGUAUGCAUCGUUUGACGACGGGACGGCGGAGGUUGGCGAAGUUGUGCAUCGCUGUUGCUGUUAUGUUUGCUCUAUGUUGGCUUCCGUAUUACAUAGUGACGACAUAUUUGGACUUCCGACCUGACUUGGAUGCGGCGGACAUCGUCCACUUCACCCUUCUUCUCGGACAUCUUCAUAGCGCGUCUAACCCCGUGCUUUAUUGUUUUUUACAUAAAACAUUCAGAAGAUACCUAAGGAAAUUCGUCUUCUGCGGAUAUAGAUUAAAUCCUUCGAAAAUGAUUAGCAAGGUGAUGUUUUCCCGCCCCUUCACGAGUCAUAGUUACCGUUCGAGGUCGUCACUCCACAGCUCAUUCCGUGACUCUAUGAGAGGUACGAACAUCCGCCUGACGGCGACCAGAGUGGCCCUUGACCGUCACAGAGGAGUAGAAACAAGGUCGGAUGGGAGCUGGCACAAAGCUUCUUUUCUUUCUGGCUCUCGCUCGGACUCCCACUCCAGUUCUGCCGACAUGGAACGCGGCAACCGGAACCAGCUGCAGGUACCCCGUGCCGGAAGACCCCUGUACACAGCCUCGUUCCGAUCUCACCGCAGGAGACGAUCCGACAUGGAGGAUUCCUUCAGCAGCUCCUGAUUCAAACGUGAUGAGAUAUUUGACUUGUGCUUCUUGUGAAUUGUAUUUUAUAUCCAAAUAAUGGAUCUGUGAUACCAUGUUCUUCUUUCUUUGUUGUUUGAUAUUACAUUUGUAUUACAUUUGUAAGCGACGGGUUCAACAUUCAUUCAGGAGACAGUACAGGAAUUAUGAAGCGUCUUUGUACAUAAUGUUACAGUUAUUUUCUUUGUUUACAUUUACCCAUCUUUCCAUUGUCUAAACAUUCUAUCUUGUUAUUUGAGUGAAUAAAUAUAUGUCAGAUAUUC